GACCCCGUGAACAUCUGGAAAAACUCGGGAUUAAAACUCGAGUCGACCUUCCGGGGGUUGGACAGAACCUACAAGAUCACGUAAUGGUUCUGGGAAUAAGUUGGACCAUCAACCCCAACAUCUCGACUCCUAUUUUUACGAGGAUUGGUAAAAGAGCAAUGCUGGACUAUCAAGAAAGGAGAUCAGGUCCGUUGACAGCUCCGCUCGGAGUGUGUGCGCUGUAUCACCUGAACAUCGACAGCCCUCACGAGCCCCAUGUUCCUGACACGCACAUAGCCAUGAUAUGCAUGCUGGAGGGUCAAUUAUACGGCCUGGCCAGCUUUCAACCACUUAAGCAAUCGGUUCAAGAUUACACUCGACCAAUCUACGGAAGAGAUGGCUACUACAUGAUCCCGACGCUUGCCAGACCCAAGAGUGUUGGUUCGAUCACGCUUAGGUCGAAAAAUCCUUUCGAUCCACCAAUCGUAGAUCCCAACUGCCUCAGCCAUCCUGAUGACGUCGAGCUCAUGAUCAAAGCUUCUAAGGCCUCGCGCAGGCUGGGGAAUGCCAAGAUAUUCCGAAGUGUACUCGGUGCUGAAGCUUUUAAUGAGUUCCUGCACUACUAA